AUGUUACCUGAUGACGAAGACAACGUAUCCAUUGACAACACGUGUCCUCCUCAUACGGGAAAGACGAUCGAAUUAUACUGCCACCACCACAACGCCUUAUGCUGCGUUCUUCGCGUGUCUCUGUUACAUAGAACUUUCAAGGAUGUCAAUAGCAUUGACGAUACUACAAAGUCGUUCCCGUUUGAUUUUAUAGAAUAUGUGUUUAGCAAGAUGAGGGACGAGUCAAAAACGAUUGUUGAAGAGGACGAAAACAAACUGGCCACUCUAAUCGCCGAUUGCCAGACAGUGACCAAUAAUGUUGCUGCGGUGAUCAAGAAAGCGAAAGAUAAGCUUGACGACCUCCACCGUAGUUUUCAAACCGAGCUUGACGUGACAUACCAACGUCAUAAAGAUAGUCUAAAUGAUCGAUUACACACCAAGAAGAUAUUCCAUGCGAACGUGGAGAAUACCAACCAGCUAAAGGUGGUGAUUAAAGAACGAUUUUAUGACAGUCAGACGUUUAUUGCAAUGGAACAAUCCAAAAUACAACUUACAAAACACGUGCGACGUUUACAAUAG